GCAUCCUCCCACGCACACACCUCAGACAGCUCAGCGCCGAUCACGCACGGUUACGCCCGGACACGCACGUUGAGCGCGCGGGAUGCGUGCGAUCUGACGGACAGCGGCUUGCUACAACAGAGAACCAGCAUCAUGACCCGGUCAGUGCAAGAGGAGCAAGAGUCAGUGGAGUCAGAGCAGACGCAGGAGCUCCACAGCCCCAUAGAAGGAGGAGGAGAAGAGGGAGGCGAAGAAGAGGAGGAGGACAGCCCCCACCACCUCGAGGAGGAUGAGGAGGACGACGAUGAGGAGGAGGAAGAGGAGGACGAUGACGGCGAGAACAAGCCCAAGAGGCGAGGUCCGAAGAAGAAGAAGAUGACGAAGGCCCGUAUUCAGAGGUUUAAGGUCCGUCGGAUGAAAGCUAACGCCCGCGAGAGGAACCGCAUGCACGGGCUGAACGACGCUCUGGAAUGCCUGCGCAAAAUCGUCCCCUGCUACUCCAAAACCCAGAAACUGUCCAAGAUCGAGACGCUCCGCCUCGCCAAGAACUACAUCUGGGCCCUGAGCGAGGUCCUGCGCUCCGGCAAGGCGCCCGACGUCAUGAGCUUUGUCCAGGCACUCUGCAAAGGUCUGUCUCAGCCGACCACUAACUUGGUGGCGGGCUGCCUGCAGCUGAAUCCUCGAACCUUCCUGCCGGAGCAGACGCCCGACCUGCCGGUCCACCUGCCCCCCGCCGGCGCCGCCACCUACCCCGGACACUACUCGUACCAGAGCCCCGGGCUGACGGCCGGCCUGCCCAGCCCGCCCUACGGCACCAUGGAGCCGUCCCACAUCUUCCACCAGGUCAAAGGUCAGCCCUACGGCCCGCUGGAGCCCUUCUUCGACGGGGUCCUGGUGUCGGACGGCCAGGCGUUCGACCCGCCGCUCAGCCCGCCGCUCAGCAUCAACGGGAACUUCUCGUCGUUCAAGCACGAGGCCGCGGCCCCGGCCGCCGACUACGACAAGAGCUUCUCCUUCAGCGUGCACUACGGAGGAGCCGGAGGAGCAGGAGGAGCCGGAGGGCACCCGGCCAUCUACGGCGGCGGGGGGUCCAACCCGCGGUGCGGCGAGCUCCCGGUGGACGCGCUGAUGGGCUUUGACGGACACACGCACCACGAGCGGAUGAUGAACGCCCAGCUGAACGCCAUCUUCCACGACUCCUGAAGGAGGAGGACGAGGGACCGAGAGACUGAGGAGGACGGAGGACAGUUACAUAGAGGGACAGACGGUCCGGUGUGUGUCUGUCGUUUCAUAGGCGUCUUUCUUUCCGUCUUUCUUCCCGUCUGCUCUGCGACUCCUGUUCAACGAGGGCGACGACGCCGCCGUCACAUCGACGACGUAGCCUCCCUCAACCGGCAGGAGAGGCCCUCUGAAUGUCUCGUUAUCCAUAUUAUCACUUUGAAAUAAUCAAGAAUCAAUGAGCAAUAAUCUGGAGGAAACUAUGCAAUUUUGUUCCAAGCUGAGCGACGCUCAGUUGAUGAUUCCAAAUGUUGAAAGAAUAAAGAUUUCUCUAUUUUUGGGUGUGUAAGGCGGCUUUCAGCCGGGGUCUGGGCCGGUGUCGGGGCCCAAAUGUUCAUGUUGUCCAUGUGGUUUUUCACCUUUUGCUUUUUAUAACGUUCCUGUAGCGUUCUGUUAACUUUUCAUGUGACUCUUGUUCAUAUUUUAUAAGAUAGAUGUUUAUAAAGGCCUUUCAUUAAAAGGAAUUCCGUGUGAUUCAA